AUGUAAUAAGAAAACGAGCCUACGAGCUUAAGCAUAUCAAGAAGAGCUGCCUACAAUUACAUUAAACCUAUUUUACAUGAAGACUCCUUAGUUUAAACUCCAACUACAUCUUUUCGUUCACAUAUUAAAUAAAAUCAUUAGAAACACAGCAUUUUUUAAUCAUAACCCAUAACAAACGAUAUUAUUUUCAAUUAGUUUCCGCUUUAGGAUUCAUUUGAGGAUGUUCGAAAAUGUUAAUCAUGCAAAUUUAUCGCAGUAAACGAGAUUGCUGUUAUAUUAAAUUCGACUUUGCAUUCAAUUAUAUCCAUUUAAGUGCUUCUACUUUAAUUUUUCCAUCAGACAGAGCAAUUAGUAUUAUUAAGAAUAAUAGGCAUCAUAUUUUCAUUUAUUCAUUUAAUCCUCUGUUUACUUUUGAAAUAAAGCUCAUUGGACACCUCAUAAUUGGCUACUUUAAUCUUUUAUGUUGUUAGUUUUAUUUUUGAGAAUUAAAUUUUAAUCAUAUAUCUUUUCAUCAGUAUUUUUCAUAUUCAAACUAUAUUAAACGUGAUAAAAGUGUCUAUUAUAAUUGUAACCAAAUAAUAUGGCUUUACAUAAUUUUUACUUCUAGAGAUUGUUAUACUAAUUUACACACUACACUUAUAUGCUAAUUUCUAUAUUAUUUUUAUGUAGGAGUCAGUCGAUAACUACGAAUUCUGGUUCAUCUAUCUCAAAGCAAUUAAUCAAUCACUUCAAAUACUUCUCUUUAACAUCCAAAUGUAUGAAGAAUCAACUACAAAUCAGCUUGCCAAUACUUUCUUCAUCAUUUUUAAUAUCAACUAUUACUUUUUAUUAUUGAAAAGAUAUGAAAAUCAUAAGAAAUCUUAUUUCUUACAUGAUUAGUUUUAAAUAUUUAUAAUUAAUAGAUGCGUUCAAUUCAAUAUAUCACUUCUAGAGAUGUUUAAUCUUCUUUGGAUCUUACUGAAAAUUUAAUAUAAGGACCAAUUUUUGUAGAAACUAGAGAAUUAUAAAAUAUAAGUCUAUGUAGAUUAAUUAAAGAAAUGCAAAAUCAUUGAGAUAAUAUUUUCAGAGGACUUUAUUAGAAAUUUAGCUUACAAAGCUAAAAUUAUUAAUGCCUAUAAAAAUGAAAUUGUUACCCAUCCAGGUUUAUACAUCGUCAUUUAAGGUGGAAUGAAAGUAUAAAUAUAAGCUGAAUAUGAAACUAAAUAAAUAUUAAAAAAUGGGGAUUAUUUUGGUCUUAUUGAAAUGAUCUUAAAUAAAAGUUAAAAUUUAUUUCUAAAAUCUAUAAAAGAAGAAAGUCUUCUAAUUUAUAUUUCAGGUGAUGAUUUUCAUCAUAAAAUAAAAGAGUUUACGGAGGAUUAUGAAAAAAUGAGAUUUAUACAUGAUCAAUUGCUGUUCAGUUCAAGUACAACGAAAAUCAAAUAGAAAUGCUAUUUUUGUUAAUAAUAUCAUGUUCCUUCAUAAUGUAAAAUAAUAAAUUUCAAACCUGAAUUUGAUUUUGAGAAAUUGAAAUUGGAUGAAUAAAAUGAUAGAAGAUAUUUUUAAAGAGCCAAUAAGAAGCACAUUUUUUAAAUAAGAAAUAAUUCAGAAUCAUCUAAAAGUUCAAAUGAAUUUGAAGAGUCCUUUGAGAUCGAUCCAGUCAGUUCAGAAAUGCAAAAUGAAAGAUAAAUCGGUAAGAAUAUUUUAGGAUCCAUUUCUUAAAUGAUUGUGUGCAAUUCAAAAAUAUCCCAAGAAGGAUUCCCAUAAUUACUUUAAACUUAGAGUUUUAAGGUAUAAGAAAGUUAAACGUAACAAAAUCAGGUAAAUACAACUUAAGGAUGGAGAGUUUUAGACUUAGACAAUAGAAAUAUUUGCAUAGACAAUUUAAGGAAUUUUUAGUUUUACGAUCCUGUGUAUAACAUAGAAACUAUAAUCCGAAAAGUAAAUAAAUUUUUAGAACAUUGA